UAAUGUCAUGUGACCAACACGAGCUUUGUGCAGCGCUGUUAGCGAAGUGACGUUAGCACAAAUACAAAGUGAAACUUCGCAUUAUUUUGCCCUACAGUAAGCUGUUGCGAUGUUUACUUUAUAGAGCAACGACUUUAUAAGUGUGAAGGAUUACAUUGCUUUUCAAGUGCCAGUAUUGUGUGAGUUAGGCCGCGGCUGUGCUGUAACUGUUUUGUCACUGUAAGUUACAUUAAAAUAUGGGCUCAAAAUGUGAACAGCCAUGUUCGCAUCCCCUGGAGUUCUUUUGAGAUUUUUCGGGGACACAACUGUGAUUCAUGCCGUAUGCUAAAUCGCGCCACCCCGUUUUAUCUGGAUAUUCAGAAUGAACGGCACGCAGCAAAAUGACCUGAAAAGACAAAACCUGUUGGAGAGACUACUCGAUGCAGUUAAACAGUGCCAAAUCCGCUUUGGUGGAAGAAAGGAGAUUGCCUCGGAUUCUGAUAGCAGAGUGAUAUGCCUGUGUGCCCAGUUUGAAGCAGUGCUUCAGCAUGGCUUGAGGAAAAGUCGUGGGUUAGCCCUCACAGCAGCCGCAAUAAAACAAGUGGCUGGAUUUAGCAGUAAAACUGAAGCAGAGCUGACGUUCUGGUUCUAUGUGAAGGAGCAUCUCAACCGUCAUGAGCUGCAGCGUUUCUACUCUCUGAGGAAUAUCACUUCUGAAUCGGGCAGGGGUCGAGCAUGGCUUCGUUGUGCCCUGAACGAGCACUCUCUAGAGCGAUACCUUCACAUGCUGCUGGCUGACCGGUCCCGCCUUAGUGCCUUCUAUGAAGACUGGGCUUUUAUUCUGGAUGAGGAGAGAGCCAGUAUGAUGCCUACAAUGGCUGCAGGGCUCAAUUCCAUCUUGUUUGCCAUUAACAUUGACAACACGGACCUAAACGGGCAGAUUCGCAGCGGGUCAUCAGUGUCCCAUCUCCUUAAGGAGUCCACACAGGGCAUGAGCAGUUUGUGGAAGGAGUCUACCCAGGGUGUAAGCACACUUCUGCGAGAAAUCGGCACUGCCACUGCAGUGGUUCCUGGUUUCAUCCCACGAACAGAUGUUCAGUCAGAUCCGCUGCCUGUCUUGCCCCGAAGCACUUCUGCAGAUUCCGGUUUAAGGAAGGAACGCAGGCGAAAAAAGAAGAUCACACACAUCAUCUCCUUUGAUGAUGACUUGGACGGGGGUGCGGAUGACGAUGACGAGGGAGGUGAGGAUGUUGUGAGGAGUCUCGGGAGGAGUAUGGUGGGUCAUGUGGGUUCUGAAGAGGCGCUGGACCCUACAGACUCCAUUUUUCCUGCUCAGAACAGGCUGAACGAGUCAGGAAUUGUGAGCUGGGCCGAAAUGCCUCCACAAAAUGGAAUCCUGCCUGAUACCAAGAGCAUUGAUAAUGAAGAGGAGGAAGAUGAUGAUAUUUAUGGAAAGAACAGGCCAGAUCCCCAAGAGGAUAAUGGGGAGCCGAUGAUUGUGGGGAGUUUGUCCAGUAUUUCAACAUGGAGCCCAAGGCAGAUCAUCAGUGACAAUGAUAACGACAGCUCGCACAUUCUCAUACCUGUGGUCUCCACUGAGCCCUACACACAACAAGCUGGUAGUUCAGUUGAGAAUACAGAGUUUCAUGGACAGAAGGAGAGCUCAAGCCCACCAGCUGACAGUGAAAAAGGAAGCCAACUACAAUUUAGCAUUGAGCCCGGGUCACCACAUCAGAUUGCUCCCGUCUCCAGUGUUAUGCCGACUGCUGCACUUCCUGAGUCCAUGACUGUUGCUGAACUACGGCAAGCCAUUGUGGCCAUGAUGAAUAGGAAAGAUGAGCUCACAGAGCAAAACACGUCUCUGCGUGGUCUUCUGGAUGGGGAGAUGGAGCACUCUGCAGGGCUCAGACAGGAGGUGGACAGCUUGAAGAAGAGACUGGCUGAACUAGAGGAGAGACAUGCAGCCAAAGUCCAGGCUCUCAUGAGGGAGAAUGAGGUUCUGAAGGUCCAGCUGAAGAAGUAUGUUGGCGCUGUCCAAAUGCUGAAAAGAGAAGGCAGCCAGGGCAAUGAUGCAUUAAUCAUUCAGACGAAUUGUGAUGAUCCGCCUCCAGCCCCACAAAACAGGUCUGUGGCUGAUAUAGAGGAACUGGCUUCCAACUAUGAGCGUAAACUCAUUGAGGUCGCUGAGAUGCACGGGGAGCUGAUAGAGUUUAACGAGAGGCUGUACCGCUCUCUCAUGGCGAAAGACAAUCUGAUCGGACAGAUGAGACGGGAACUCAUUGACCUGCGUGGUCCAGUUCCAGGGGACCUGAGCCAGACCUCUGAUGAUCCCAGCCUAUCUGACUUUGAGACAACUCAACGUGCUCUUGUCAAUGUGUGGAUCCCUUCUGUGUUUCUUCAAGGUCGGGCAGCCAACGCAUAUCAUGUGUAUCAGGUAUACAUUAGGAUCUUGGACAAUGAGUGGAAUGUGUAUCGGCGCUAUGCUGAGUUCAGGGUACUGCACAAUCACCUGCGGUCGCAAUUCCCACAGGUCGACAACUUCAAUUUCCCACCUAAAAAAGCCAUCGGCAACAAGGAUGCCAAGUUCGUAGAAGAAAGAAGGAAACAGCUGCAGUCGUACCUACGUAUGGUGAUGAAUAAACUGAUCCAGACACUGCCUGAAUUCACUGCCCAUCCCACCAAGGAGACCUUACUGCAGCUGCUGCCUUUCUGCCAGGACGCCCCAGUAGCCGGCGAGAGUGGAAACAAAACUGCCCGGUCCAAAGCAUCCAGCAGAUUCCCAAGGUUGGGUCGCAACUCGGGCCGAGAAGCUCGCAACCCCGAACCUCAGAGCGGAGACCUUUAACCUGAUGCACAGGACGUACGCAGGAACUGCUGUGGGCUUCUAGAACUUUACAGUUUAACGUAAAAUAUAUGAGGGAGCAAGAGGUAAGACUAUUUCCCACAGUCCUCGGAAAUCAAGGAGCCUCUUUUCUAUUAUGGAUAUACACACCACAACAGUUGGCGAAUCAACGAGACUGCAAGAAAGCAAAAUUUGGCACAUGUCAGUUAAGUGGUGAAACUUUGUUACUGUUGUGCCUAGCGAGCUACAGGCAGAUGUUGCUUUGGGGGAAAGCCAAGAUGGAUUUUUUUACUGCAGUGACAUGAAAGUUUUAUGAGACUGCAAUGAGAAUUGUGGUAAAGUUUCGUUUAGAAAUAACUUGCACAUCAUUAUGAUUUCAUUUACAGUAUGACUUGUCUGUGAUAUAAGAGAUUUUUUGUAUUCGUUUUGUUACCAUGCUUGGCUGUUGAGGCACAGUCAUGCCAACCAAUACUUAUGAGCGCAUUAUAAUAAAUACCAAACAAUCACUUUCUACCCUCCCCAUAGAGAAGUUCCCAAUAGUCCAAAAUAAUUUAGCCUUUAGAUUUUUGGUGCGGUUCAAGCAGAAGUAUAGUUUUUACGCAUAUGCGAAGGUCUGCAUACAGUUCGUCUAACGCAAAUCUCACUAUUAUAAUACGAAUAGUAUGCGCACACUGUACAUGCACCGGCAGAUUUUUUAACCGCUCGUACUAUGUAUUCGUAUGUCGCGUAUGCGCGUAAAAAAAAUGUAGCCCAGGAAAUGCAUUUCAUUUUUGUCGCAAUGUGUAUGCGGCAAACGUCUUUGUAUAUGUACGAGUCAAACAACCUCUGCACGUACCUUCGCGUGCACAUAAAAAAACAUAUGUUUUGGGCUUUACAUGACAACGAAACAAUGUAGUAAAAACAUAAACGUUUCGCUUUUGCAUUUAAAAAAAAUUCACUUACACGAGACAGUGCUGUCAAAAACGUCUGCGUUUCCACGGAUCUGCCAAGCGACUAAAUACAGUACACUGUAUUUUGUGUGCCAAGCCAGUAGUUGGUGAGGUUACUUUGUAAAGAAGAACUACGAAAGUAUCAAUCAACUUAGAUUGUUUACUGCCUUGGACUAUAAAACUGUAACAUUUUGUAAACCUUGUUAGAGAAGCGUUAAUAAACUCAGUUCUGUAGGCCGCCUUUUUGGUUUUGGUUAUAUUCAUGCAUGCCUAUUGACUGAAUUAAAGAGCACCUAUUGUCCGAUUCAUGAUUUCCUUUGAUGUGUAAGUGUGUAUAAGUACAUGUUAUCGAUAUGCAAAAGGUACAAACCCCAAAGUAAACAAUGACGCGAGUUAUCGUUUCCAAAGUAAAUCUCUUUUCUUGUACUACAACAAACACACGGAUUGUAGGCAACAGUUUACUUCUGAUCAGAUCGAUAAGCCUUGUACAAAAUCUGAGCGUUUCAGGAAGAAAAGAUAUUUGGAGCUACAAAAAUGUACGGUAUGUGGAAAAUAAUGCGUUUUUGAACCAUAAACCAUGCAAACACAUUGUAUUAAACCGAAUACACAAAAUAACAUUGUUUUUAGCAAUGAAAUAGGUGCUCUUUAAAACAUGCGUGCGAUGUCAACAGAUUAGUUAUUUUCAGACAGUUGCGCUUUCAAUACCCCAAAAUGUUGUUAUGUAAAUAAGCAGCAAAACUGCACAAAGACUUUCAUGUUUAUGAUUAAAACGUUGCAGUGUAAAAGGCCCCUUAGAUGAAUUUCUUUUGAAGACCAGAAUGUGAUGAAAUGCUUGUCAAGUAGAUCUGUCCUGUGUGACAGAUCCAGAGUCUUUCUGUCCCUGAGAAACUAUUAUUUGAAAUUUCCUGGGCAGCCAUAUUAUCCUGUAUGAUUUCAGAGAGGACAGCGGGCACAGGCAGGGUGCUUUGCAUUGUGCUGAAUGAACAGGAGAGAUUUUCUUAGCAGGGGAGCUUCUACUGAAUGAACAAGCAAAAACAUUUCGCUCCUAAACUUUAACUAGAAGCACAGUGAUCAUUGGCCAAUAUUAGGAUUCAAUCAAUUUUAAGGUUCUUAACAAAAGACUUGCAUUGUCAAAUAAAAGGUCAUGGAGAGGAAAUGAGUAAAUACUUUAAGUGAAAUGUCCACUAUCAAAUAGAGUAUGAUGCUAAAUUUCAAAUGCACUUGUAAGUAUAGAAGGCUGACACAGAGCAAAGCAAUUCUGUCCUUUGCAUAUCUGUCUGUCUGCAACCUUUGUACUAGUAAGCAACUGUAUAUGAUGUAUGUUUUUUUUUAAUCCGAGCAUCUUUCUGUCCCAAGUUGGUGUUAAAGGGAACAAGAUGAUUCGCAGUGCCACUGCCGCCAGCCUUAGAGUAAAGAGCUUACUGAAUACAUGAAUAAAUAUAAGUACAAUCGCA